AUGUCCUCGUUAAAUUUAUUAUUUUCAUUAGUGUAUUUAAUCAUUUUUAAUGAAAUUCCACCAUUUCUCGAAUUCAUACAAUCUAAAAUGAGUGCGAAAAAUAAUUAUUAUCUCGAUUACAAAUCAUUUUUAUCAGGUGUAGUAGCCUCAUGAACCUCAAUACUCGUCAGUCAGCCACUUGAUAUCAUUAAAGUUCGCAUGCAGAACACAGGCAGCUCCACAAUUUUGACAAUUUCCAGCCUAAUAAAGCGUGAAGGAUUUUUUGCUUUUUGAAAAGCUGCAUCUGCCCCACUGGUAGGCUCGACUAUUACAAGCUCAUUAUCAUUAGGAAUAAAUGAAAAUUUCAAAAAAAUCUUUAAAAACCCAUCAGAUCCUACAGAAAGUUUGAAAAUCUGGCAGCAUGCAUUGUGUGGCUCCAUUUCUGGGAUAUCAAAAUCGAUUUUUGCGUGUCCUUUUGAGCAUGUGGCUGUAAAAAUCCAGGUGCAAGGGCAGCUUGGCUCUAGAGAAGAUCAUUAUUAUAAAAACCCAAGAGAUUGCUUUAUUUCUAUAUAUAAAAAUUAUGGGGUAAAAGGACUGUAUAGGGGAUUCAAUGUUUGUUUGUCUAGAGAUAUAUUUGGAUAUGGACUGUUUUUUGCGGCAUACCAAAUGGCUGGGAAAAAGAUUUUUGGAGGAGAUUCCAUAGAUACACAUCAAUUACCUUUAUGACAAAUUAUUAUUUGUGGAGGACUUGCUGGAGUUGUUUAUUGAAUUGGGAUUUUUGGAUUUGAUAUAGUAAAAACAAAAAUCCAAGCCGAUUCCUUUACAAAUCCAAGGUAUAAAGGAGUUGCAGACUGUAUCAAAAUCACAUUACAAAAAGGAGGCCUCUCUGGGUUCACAAAAGGGUGGCUUCCCGCAUUACUGAGGGCUUUUCCUUCUAAUGCAGCUUAUAUGGCUGGUUUUGAAGUUACCAUGAAGUUUUUAGCAAGAGAAGAUAAAUAA